AACAGUUGCAAGCGUAUCCUGAAGCUAACACCACCCCCACCGUUAUGAUUAACAAUAAUCUAUCUGGCAAAGAUACCAUCCAGUUAAAUGUGAACAUGGUAGAAGAUAUUAAGCAGUUGAUAUUGAACAUCCGUCCUUUCCUGAUAAUAGAUCUAAUAACAAAAGAUGAUUUAGUCCUUAUAGAAAACAAAGAAAUCAACUUAGCACUGCACUCA